CUACUAAUAUGAUGCAUCCCAACCCCAAGGAAGCACUGCCACAGCGCCCGCUCCACCACAGCACACCAGCAGCACACCCAGGAAGACAUCGCGUUUUCAAAGCUGCUUCGUUUACUUGACAUCGCGCGACGACGGCAGCACGCGGAAUGGAGGGAUGGGCAUGGAGCUUUCCGGCCGGCGAGCAAGUGUUCUCCGAUCCUCUCGACAGCUGCUCAUCAUCGUCUGUUCUUCCCACCCAGACGGAAUUUGAGGUUUAUUCAGCAUGUGAGUAUUUGGAAACCCCGCAAUUAAUGGAAGAACCCCAAGAUGAGAGUCAUCUGCCUGAAUUGUUGGGAAAAACCAAUUCCCUUGCAGUUGCAUCCAGUCCUACUAGUGAUCAUGGAGUGACAAUACGAACAUGCACAUAUGUGCCGCCGGAGAUCCAGGUGAGGGAGAGCAGGAGCCCUAUGCUGUACACUGUGCUGCCAGAGGAGGAGGAGGCUUUUGUCACUAAUGUCCUUGGCCAUGAAAGAGGCGGCAAGGAGGAGGAUGAAGAGGAGGAGAGGAGAGAGGGAGAAGGAUCAACGUGCCCGCUGCCUUGUCCCCGGAGAAGGAGGUCCGCGCUCACCACCUCACCGAGGGAUGACGGGAGCCUCACCUCCUCCAUAGUAGAUCUACUAGAUCACAGACCAAAUAGAGGCAGUGGCGCGAGAGGACCAAGGAAGAGAGGAACAUGGAAGAGCGGAACAUGGUUUCAUAACCAUUUUUUGAACGCACCAUGUUUUGGGGGCUUGUGUUCUGCAAGUAAAGGCAAGAAACGUGGACUCAGACAAAACAACAAACACUGGACACCUGAAGAGGUGAAGUUAUUAGUGAAUGGUGUAUCUGAACUUGGGGUUGGCCACUGGACAGAGUUGAAGGAUCAAUGGUUUUCAGAUUCAGAUUCAGGUCCAGUUCGAACGGCGGUGCAUCUUAAGGAUAAGUGGAGAAACCUAGUGAAAUCCUACGUGUUCAAGCCUACCUCCAAAAAGAAGGGAAGAAUUUUGCAUCUUGAUAAGGAACUUAUUAACAAGAUCAAGAUCGUAGCAGCUAAGUACCCUUAUCCAAAAUGAAGGUGCACCAGGUUAAAAAAAAAAUGAAGCUGCACUUUUGCAUAAUACAAGAACUAUUGUUUAGGACUUCUCGUAUAGCAGUAACUCAGCAACAAGAGUUCUUCGUUUUUGAAUAUAGUACAGAAGAGCUUAGGUAAUGCGAUGUUGGUGUGUACAUAGUAGAUUGGACCAUAUGGAGGGAGCAGCUUGUAUCUCCUACAAAACUGCCUUGUAAAGUAUUAUUUUAUUAAUGUACUGGAGGGAGAUUCCUGCUCCACUUUUAUAGUCCAGUGUUAAGUUAACAUUCCAAGACAAGAAAUGGAUCCCCAUUUGUGUCAACAUGUUUUUAGCGGUGCCUACCUACACAUCCUAUGUAUGUUAGUCUUCUGUAUAAUGAACAACUGGCAAUCUAUUCCUACAUUACUUUCA